AUGGCUCUCCUACGAUAUGCCUCAAUUUUGGGCGCUUUUGGUAUGGUUGCGCACAUCGUCACAAAUAUACUCUACACCGAAUAUCCUCUCCAUUUCGACGGUGAAACUGAAGAAGGGUUUGAUGACGUUCGGAAGGCUUUUCGGCAGAAUUUCUUGGAUGGUUGGGAAGCCGAAGGAGCUUCGCUAGCAGUUUUUGUGAAAGGUCAGAAAGUAGUUGAUAUAUGGGGAGGAUAUGCCGACAAACAUGCGGCUAGAAAGUGGAGACAGGACACUCUUAGUGUAGUCUUCUCAAGUACGAAGGCGGUUGCGGCUCUGUGUAUAGCAGUUCUUGCUGAUCGUGGACGACUAAGCUACGAUGACCUCAUAGCCGUCGACCAUAACCUGAUGAAAAAUGUGCUCGAAGAGGAAAAACCCAAAGUCACACCUGGAAUCAGUACUGGCUACCAUGCGUUCACCUUUGGAUGGUUAGUGGACCAGAUUGUGAGACACACUGAUGAAAAACAACGUGGAAUCGGACAGUUCCUGAGGGAAGAAGUGACUGAGCCAAAUGGAAUCGACUUUCACAUUGGACUUGAUCUUUCUCAAGAGUAUCGAGUAGCGCGAGUUUCAUUACCAAAAAUCUUGGACGUGAUUAGUGAGGUUUGGUCGGAUACGUACAUGAUUGAACAAUUUUUCCACUUCGUCACUUUGGGCAAGAAUAGCGCAUUCCAUCGAGCGGCCAACAAUCCGUCAUGGAUCAAUGUGCUCUUCAAGUGUACGGUGAAUAAUCCAGAACAACACGCAAUGGAACAGGCGGCCGCUCUCGGCAUCGGAAACGCCCGUUCACUUGCCACCAUGUUCAACCUGCUUGUUACCGGUCACCUUGUCAGCGAGAAAACACUUGCAAUUCUUCAGAAACCGGUUAUCAACGGAACGGAUUACGUUAUAAAUGUUCCUGUGGCUAAAGGCCAUGGUUUUCUCUACGUUCCUAUACCACAAGCGAAAGAUAGCAUUCUAAUCAUCCAUCCCGGCAAUGGGUGUCAACAAAUCUCGUUCGACAUCCAUAAUCAAAUUGUUGUCUCUUAUGUGACAAACGGAUUAAAAGUCGGUAACUUCGACCAUUGUCGAAACUACAAACGUAUUCAUUACGCCAUUUAUGAUGCACUGGAACUAAAGGAAGCGUGA